AGGACGUAAGUAUUACACGGCGCUGCACCUGCUAAAGCAGCGGUAGCGCAUUCAUAUCUGACAAAAAACAAACAAACUGCGCCUCAGUUUAAGUUGGUCGAAGUUAUUUUUGGUGAAAGGCAGCGAGGCUGUCGACUUCAACUGUCAGUCUCAUGUCGACGGAGGAUUUGUCCACUUCCGACAGCGAGGCUGCCUUCGCGGGAGCCGGAGAGCGCUGGGCGCCCGUGGGAGCCGUGGCCAACCCGGAGGAUGAGCACUGGAAGACGGGCGCGCAGGCUGGCUCUGUGUCCUCCAGCGAUGGAGAAAUGGUCUCCCGGCUGCGGAAGAUGGAGGACGAGCAGGAACAGCUGAAUUCAUCGCUCCUCGCCUUAACAUCUCACUUCGCUCAGGUGCAGUUUCGCCUAAAGCAGAUCGUGCACGCGCAGAGCGAUGAGAAGGAGAGGAUGCUGCUGGAGCUCGAGGAGUUCGCCUUCAGAGGAUGCCCGCAUGUCGUCGGCUGCAGGGCGCAGGACGCUCAUAUGCUGGAAAACUCAAGUGAACGGGAGAAGAGGGAACGCUUGGAAGCUCAGAGAAACAAGCAGAAGGAACUGAUUUUCCAGCUGAAGACUCAACUCGACGACCUGGAACGCUUCGCCUACCAGGAGGGCAGCUAUGACUCACUGCCUCAGUCUGUCGUCAUGGAGAGACAGAGGGUGAUCAUCGAUGAGCUGAUCAAGAAGCUGGAUGUGAAUCUGAAUGAAGACAUUGGCAAUCUCACACCAGAAGAGCUUCGGCAGAGAGUGGACGCCGCUAUAGCUCAGAUCGUCAACCCGGCUCGAGUCAAAGAGCAGCUGGUUGAGCAGCUCAAAACCCAGAUCAGAGACCUGGAGAUGUUUAUUAACUUCAUACAGGAUGAAGUGGGGAACCCUCUGUUAAAUGAUGGUACGAAGAGCCAGCCAACCCAAGCAGCCGGACCAAACACUGGAGCCACUGGAGGAAUGAAGCGAGUGGAUCCCGAACAGGCUCAGCGGAUGCGGGAAACGGGGCUCCAGCUGAUUCAGAAAGCUCUAGCAGUGCUGCAGAUUUUUGCUCUGAGCCAGUUUGGAUGUGCCGCGGGUCAUGUGCCCCAAAACAUGUGGUCUCAGGGUGCCGAGGCCCAAGAUUACGGCCCUCUUCUGCAGAAACUUGAAGGAGCGGUGGAGCGAGUCCGUCUGCUAGCCUCCCGCCAUCAGCCCUCAUCUCUAGAUGAACACGUGGUCAGUUAUUCUGCCUCCCUAUCGCCUGAAGGACCUCGGGACGAACUCACCGCCUCAGUGCGUAAAGAGCUGGCCGUGGCGCUCCGGGACCUGCUAUCCCAUGGACUGUAUGCUCCUUCUCAGGGCAUGAGCCUGGUCCUGGCUCCCAUUUCCUGCCUGCUCCCCUUCAGCUCUUCCCCUCAGACCCUGCAUCCCUGGGAGCUUUUUGUCAAGUACUAUCAUUCCAAAAACGGACAGGCGUUUGUUGAAUCGCCUGCUCGGCAGCUCUCACAAUCCUUUAGUUUGCCAGUAGGGGGCGGUCCUGUGACGGUCACACCCAAACAGUCUCUGUUAUGGGCCAUCCACACGGUCCUCAAAGAACACAGACGAUUCAAACGAAGCACAGACUCCGAGUUUAAGGCGUUAGUUUGCAUGGCGCUCAAUGAGCAACGGCUUGUGUCCUGGCUCAACCUGCUGUGUAAAUCUGGGACGCUUAUACACUCACACUACCAGCCCUGGAGCUACAUGGCUCAGACGGGCUUUGAAGGGGCUCUGCGCAUCCUGGGCCGCAUCAGCCAUCUUAAAUUCAGCCUUCCUGUAGACUUGGCGGUCAGGCAGCUGAAAAACAUCAAAGAUGCUUUUUAAGCAUUGGGGAAUAGAAAGAGGUAAAGGGAACCUCCAUAACAUCACAAUGUUAAAAAAAAUUACAACAACUAUAUUCUGUAGAGCUGUGUCAAAAGUGAUUCGGGAAAUUGACUCUGUAGAGAUUUUCAAAAUGGAUCACGAUUCUCCCUUGAAGUGAUUCAGACCUUAGUUUAUAACAGCAGAUGGCGCUGUUUGUUUCACAUACACAGUGUUUACUUGCAUACAAAACCUAAAAUAAUCAUUAAGGUUUAAGCCAAUUACAAAAUUGUUCAUAGUGAGCUGUGUUUACAUUAAUCUCAUGACAUAAAAGCCAACUUGCAUGAAGGUUUAAAACUAGCCUAAAGCACUGUCUGCUGUUAAAAACUGCAUUUAGAAUCCAUUCAGGUGAGUUAGUAGUUUAGAAUCGAUGCAAUAUCAAUUUCUCUAACUAUUUUUGUCACGGCUUUAAUAUUUUGCUAAACACUAAACAUCUCAUUUCAGAAAUUUAAAUCGAUUAAAAAAAGUACUUCCUGAUCAAGGGAUAGUUCAUCCCCCCACCCCCCAACCCCACCCCUCUACAAAAAAAGUAUUUACUCUCUGGUCAUCCAAGAAGUAGAUGACUUUGCUUACUUCAUUAGAACAGGAAAGAAAAUAUUUAGCUGAAAAUCCUUUGGUGAUUCAUAAAAUGAAAGUCAAUGGGAUUUGAGGCAAAAUUAAUACAUUUGGCGCAUCAGUCCGAGCAAGGAAAUCACCAUUGUAACAUUAUUACCUGUGAUCCACAACCUCAACAAACAGUCAUAAAUGUGUUCUUGGCAAUCUGGAGUCUUUUGUGGCAUCAUGAUGUGAGAGGGUGUUGUAAUAAUGCUGUAAAUAACGAUCAAUUUCUUGCAAAUACAAAUAGUUUCGCUUUAUAACACCUCAAGGUAUCAUCAGAAGCCACAGGUAUUAGUUUAGUCAUAAAAACUGUAGCUGACUACUUGCAUAAACCGUGACCACAGUUUCAGCUUAAAUCUUAAUUUGUUCUGCUAAAGAAAAAAGUCAGCUGCACCUUUGAUGACUUGAGGCUGAAUUUUCAUUUUUGUAUGGACUAUCCUGAAAACUUACACAACUCAUGCACUUUUCUUGAGACUCCAUGUUGCUGUUAAAUUGAAAACCUGCAAUUCUGAUGAAGGCAGGUUUUAAUAUGCUGCAUUAAUAUUAAUAUAACUCAAAGAAAAUGUGCUCAGUUUAUUGACCCUGAGCAUCUGACUGCCUCCAUGAAGCCUUUCUUAAGGGCAUUUAUUAUGUCAAGCUUUUACCAAAACCAACCACUUCACUCUUUUAAUACAAGUAUAAUUGAUUACUUGAACCAUUGCGUAUGUUUGAGAUGCACUACGGUAUCUAUAAAACACUACUAUAUAUAUAUAUAUAAAAUAGUAAUUUAAGUAUGUUUAAGUUGUUAUCUUUAUGUAGCCAAAUGCACUCAUUUCCUUAGCUUUCACUAAAUUAUUUGUUACCGACAAAUCAAAAUGUCUAUUUACAAUCAUGAUUGAUUUCCUUUUGCAUUAUUUAAGGUCGUUAUAUUUCACGAACUGGUCUAUGUUUUCAUAUUACUCUAUGAAGAGACCAUCGUACAGGUCAAUCAACACACUCAGGUCAUUCCGAACAAACAAAGACAUCCUCACUGGUGUUUGUAAAUCACUGGAUUCCUCUCUCUUCAACUUAUUUUUUCCCACAGACUGGCCUGUUCCAGCCCAAAAAAAGAUUGUAAGAUAAAUAAAAUAUGCUUGUUCGCUGCUACAGGAGAAAAUGCACAGCUUGUAAACUGAAUUACAAGCGUGUUGUCAAACACAUUUGCUGAAUAUGAAACUGAUAUGCUGCAUAUCGAUGCCGACUGAAUUAUUUAUUUCCUGUUUUGCUAACGCCGGCGUUCUGAAGCUCUGCUUGAAUAUCUACUAUUUCCACGUCUUGUCAAUCCUUGUUUACUGCUCUGAAAUCCUGAAUGUACAAUCUUCCAAAUUGUAUCCUGCUACUUUACUAGUUCUGAUUCAAAACAUCCUGAACACUGUAAGAAUUCAGUAAGAAGGGGUUGUUUGUUAACAUAUCCUGGAAAUGGGCUCAGUUUCGAUUUUUGGAUUUCUCUGCACCGGUUUGGAUGAAUGGUUUUCAAACAGUGAUUAGCCCUCAUCAACUAGCUUUUUUUAUUUAAAGUACUUUUUUUUGCUAUUUCCCAUAAUAUUUAUUCAAGACAUUGUUAUAUUUCUAGGUCUUCAAACAUACAGUUAUGAUUCCUGAUAUUUGACCAUUGACAAUUACUCUCCUCUUUUUAAAUUCUUCCAUCAUUGCUGGAUGUAACCGGAUGUAAUGGAGAUUUUUUUCAGUGAUUAAA